AGGAGGAUGAGUAACACGACAGCAGGACCUUCAUCCAAAGCUAGAGUCGGUUCUUCCCAACCAUCCGAAAACUCAUUCAAGCGAAAACGUGGGAUGUUUCAGAAGGAAUUGCAGCAUAUGAUGUAUGGCUUUGGGGAUGAACUACAUCCACUUCCAGAGACCGUCUCUCUUGUUGAGGAUAUUGUUGUGGAGUAUGUCACCGAUAUGGCAAGUCUUGUUCGUUUUCCGGUCCAUAAAGCUCAAGAUGUUGCAUCAAAAAGAGGAAAGCUUUUGACAGAGGACUUCCUUUUUCUGAUUCGCAAGGAUUUGCCGAAACUAAACCGCUGCACAGAAUUGUUGUCGAUGAAUGAAGAACUUAAGCAAGCAAGGAAGGCCUUUGACACUGAUGAGGAGAAGGUGUUAUCAGUUGACUGAGAUGUACCAGCAGUUUAUUACCAGAUUUUUAUGGUGUUUAUUUGUUUAUAUAUUUUGUUUCAAAUGGAAAACAAUUGUUUUUUGGCGUGAACAAUUACGGUGGAUGUUAAUGGUAGUGUAGUACUUCUAUUAAUCAAAUGGAAAACAAUUAUUUAUUAGCAAUAAGAUAUACUGAAUUUGUUCCAUUUUACAA